CUGUUAGAACAUUCCCAUCAGAAUAUCAUAUUCUUACACUGAGAAUAUUUUACGUCCUUGUGCUAUGACUGCACACUGAUUUGGUCUUGUGUGAAGUGUGAUUUGCUUAAUGUGACCUGCUCUUCUGAAUUUGUUUACAGAAGAUCGAAAAGAUCACGAUGAAAAACAGAAAUGCAGAGACAGCAAAAAUAAACUUCUUACGAGUCAAGUGGCCUACUACCUGGGCUGCCGGCUGAAGAUGGAAGAAGAUCUGAAAUGUCAUGAGGAGGAACAGAAAUACAAAGACAGCAAAAAUAAACUUCUUAUGAAUCAAGUGGCCCACUACCCGGGCUGCAGGCUGAAGACAGAAAAAAAUGACAAAGAUGAGGAUGAAGAUGUUCAUGUUGUGGAGGCUGAGAAGAUACAGGAAUCACUUGCCCCCAGGGAGGCGCAGAAGGUUGAAGUCAAGAAAGUGCCUGAGGACUCACUGGAGGAAUAUGUCAUCACUCAUUCAAAUAGGUAUGGCCCUACUGACUCCAGCCAGCCUCACAGAGACACCAAUGAAAUCACAUUUGAGGAAGACAACGUCGACUCUGCGCUGGUUGUAGAGAAGAUUAAAAAGGACCAAGAAGAGGAAGAAGACCGAGGCCCACUGUGCCCCAG